AUGGAAACGAUUGACCAUAUCGACCAAAACUUAUCGCCUUCACUUUUUUUUAUUCAAAAUGAAAAUAGAAUCGUAGAUAUUAAUAAAUCAACUAACAAAGAAAAUAUACCUGAUCUGGGACUGGAAGGUCACCUUUUUUCAUAUGGAUCACAUGGCCAAGAUGAUACAAGCCACCAGGACGCAGAAAAAUUUCUAAAUGAAUAUGAAUUGGAAAAAGGGUUUAGUAUUCGAAGAAGACGUACUGAAAGUCAAAUUUCGGAUAAUGGCAAUAAAAUGAUACAAAGAGUUGGCUGGGAGUGUAGUUGUGCAGAUUGCAAAUGGUGGAUUAACGGAAAUUUUUCAAAAACUACAUUGAUGAUUUUUUUUACUACUGUGGUUAAUGAACACAAUCAUACAAUGAUACCUUCACCUUUGACUAAUAUUGCUAAAUAUCGUAAACUUGGUGAAGAUAUGAUUCAAUUUAUUGAAUUUUGUGUACAGCAUGGUAUAACAAGUGCACAAAAUAUUGGCUGUCUUUUGAGAGAAAAAUUUCCUGGAAGAAAGAUUCAUCAGAAAAAUCUUUACAAUGCUAUUCAAGCUGCAAAAAAGAAACUAGUAACAAGGGUCGAAUUUGAUGCAUCAGACCUUAUGAAACAUUUGUAUUCACAAUAA